AUGGGGGCCCCUCUGCGCAGCAUAGACCUCGACAAACUGCAAAUUGACUGGUCUUCUAUAGAUCGCCUCCUUUCUGAUUUCCAGGGGGCCCCCGAGCCUCUAGGGGCCCCCGAGGGCCCCCCUGGGGGCCCCUCUAGGGGCCCCCCUGGGGGCCCUCCUGGGGGCCCUCCUGGGGGCCCCUCUGGGGACCCCCCAGGGGGCCCCUCUGGGGACUCCAGACCCUCUUUGGAGGCUUCAGAUGCCUCUGAAGCCACAUUUGGGGUUUCAGGGGAUUCGGGGGCGCCCCAAGAGCAGCAGCAGGCGGCCCUCCAAGAGCAGCAGCAGCAGCAGCAGCAGGGGGGCCCCCAGCAGCAGCAGGGGGGCCCCUCGCGCCAGAAGCGGGGCCGCAGCAUUUCCGCUGUUAAGGGCCGAAGGCAAAAGUGCCCCGGCUGUGGAGUCCAGCGGUCCUUCUACUGCUGCAAGUGCUGCUGCCUCCUUGGGCCUGCAGCAGCAGCAGCAGCAGCAGCAGCAGCAGAAGCACCAGCGGCAGCGGCAUUCCCACCAGCAGCAGCAGCAUUCCCACCAGCAGCAGCAGCAGCACCACCCCCACCAGCAGCAGCAGCACCCACCCCAGCAGCAGCAGCAGCACCCCCAGCAGCAGCAGCAGCAGCAGCAGGAGGAGUGUGGGUGCCUCGGGUGCGGCUGCCGUUUCGUCUGCACAUAAUUCGCCACCCGAAAGAAAAAGCUUCGAAGUCUUCUGCAGUCCCUUUGGCUUUUGCUGCUCCUCGGGAAGUUUUGCUGUACGAAGCAGACCUCAGCAGCAACUCCAUCAAAAGAAUUGGGCCCCUGCAGCAGCAGCAGCAGCAGCAGCAGCAGCAGCAGCAGCGGGGGCCGCACCAGGGACGGGGGGGCGAGAAGGCAGAGCGGCAGCAGCAGCAGGGGGACGGGCAGGAAGACCCUGCUGCUGCUGCUGCUGCUAGAGUCCCAGCAGCAGCAGCAGCAGCAGCAGCAGCAGGGGCAGCAGGGGCUCCGUGGGCGGAGGGCCGGGCGGUGCUGCUGCUGCCGGGAGCAGCAGCAGCAGCAGCAGCAGCAGUGGACUGGCAGCGAGUGCAAGAUGUUGUGCUGCUGGACUGCACUUGGUACCAAGCAGCAGCAAUGAGCCGCCUUGCUGCUGUUGCUGCGCUGCAGCGGGUGCAGCUCAGCAGCAGCAGCAGCAGCAACUUCUGGAGGAGACACAAAAACGGAGAGCUCUUUUUCCUCUCAACAGCAGAAGCAGCUUAUCUUGUCCUCAGGGAAUACGACAUGCGCCGAAGGGCAAACCAAGCUGCUGCUGCUGCUGCUGCUGCUGCUCUUGCUCCCGCUGCUGCUGCGUGUGCUGCUGCUGGCGGUGCUGCAGUGGAGGCAAAGGCGCAGGCCGCAGACGAGGCAGCAGCCGGCGCAGCAACAGCAGCAGCAAAAGCAGCAGCAGCAGCAGGCACAGUAGCAGCUGCAGCACCAACCGCCCACAACAACCAGCAGCAGCAGCAGCAGGGAGAGCAGCGGCAGAGCCAGCCGCAAAAACAGCAGCAGCAGCAGCAGGAACCGCAGCAGCACAGCCAGCAACAGGACCAGCAGCAAGACCAGCAGCAGCAGCAGCAGCAGCAAGAGAGUCUGCUGGUCCCGGCUCUGAAGGCGGAAGAGGAGCAGCAGCUGUGGAGUUCUUACGAAGGCGAUUAUGACAAUUUGCUGUUUUGGUUUUGUUUAAUUAAAAAGACAAUUCAACAAGCAGCAGAAGCCAGAAGUCCCAAACGCACUUUUUAG